AUGUACCGCCGUGUGAAGCUGCAGUACUUGUUCGCCAAAGAGAAGCAGUACUGGAUUGUGCAGAACCCGCUCGCUGACGAGGCGUCUACGCUACCCAGCCACGGCCCGACACCAGAACCCCAGCGCCGAGAUGCGCCCGGACCCACCGCCAUGCAGGCGAUCUUUGCUCGUGCUGCAGAUGCACUACGCCGUAACGAAGCCCAGUACGAGCAGUUGGGUGAGCCCAAUCAUGUGUCGGAGAUCACGCCAUGGCUGCGCAAGAGUCGCUUCGAUCAGCAUCUCACGGGUCUGGACAGUACGCUUGUUGCUUCGUCGCACGCUGCGCCGCAGUCACCAGAGGAUAACCCGCGGCUGAAUGAAAUCGUGCUGUCCGUGGAGCGUGUGCUGUAUAAGGCAUACGAGCUGGUGCCGGAUCUGCUGGAGAUGGAUGCACUCGUUCUCAACACAUUUCAGACCGGCACCACCAGCCAGGAUCCAUUUCAACGUCUUCAGAAUGCCACUUCUUUCACCAACUACGUCGCCGUGUUUCAAUGUCUACUGUGUUACUUUAUUCGUGUCCAGGAGGGUCAUUUUGGCGAGGAUGUUUCCAAGUUUGUUGCCACAGCCGAGCAAUUAUCUGCUUUGAAUUCUGCAUUAGAUAUAGCGCAGGCGUUAGGUCAGUUACGGUUUCCGGACACCAGCGACCAGGAGUCGAAUAACGAGCUGGAUACGGAUAAGGAGCGCCCAAUCGAAUCGGCGCCCGCCGCGCAGCUCGCGGCACAGGAGCCCAUUCUGGACGAGUAUGUCUUUAAUUUCAUGGUUGCGCUGGUGCAGCACCGGAUUUCCCAUGCAUACGAGAGUGCCAUCUGUUCGUUUCUCGCGGCUCGUUCCGCCAUUGUCCACCGCGAUCACCACAGCAUCACAUUUCGGUCCGAGGCUCAAGUGGCUGGGCUGCUGAGCAAGCUUAUCUACUCUUGUCAGUUAAUUAUACUGCAGGAUGCCACUUAUAUUAAGGAACAUCGGCAGCUGGCCGACAUCGAACUGCCACUACAAGCGCUGUGUGAGAAAUGGGUCGUCUACAAGACACGCGGUCCACUCGGCGUGCUGAGUAACUGGCGGCUCUACACCAUGCACGUGGGAGGCGCAUUUGUGCCCGAGGCGCUCGUGGUGUGGGAUCCGGACGGUGAAACAUUGACAUACGGUGAUUUACGAUACAGCCGUCAAGAUCUGGUGGAUGAGGUGUUGCUGGCCAUACGGCAGAUGCGACGAGUCUUCUACGAGGAUCUGUGCUUCGGGUUGCCCGACUUACCCGUCAUCCCGGUGCGAGAUCUCCAGGAUGACUGGGCCACCAACCAGGCCGGUUACAGCUUCUUGAACGAUGCUCGCAACUCCGCAUAUCACGAGGUGACCAAGCACUGGCUGCUGACCCGGAUCACCCAAGAUCCCCGGCUGCGGGACUUGGUCUUUCACACCGAACAGCACGAGCUCGACGAGGGCGGUGGGUGGCCCGUCCGGUCCGACUUUGCGCAGCAGUAUGCCGUGGCCGACGAGGCGUUCAAGGAGGCUCUCCUG